AUGGUCAAAGCAGUUGCUGUCCUCCGUGGUGACGCCAAGGUCUCCGGAACCGUCAUCUUCGAGCAGGAGUCCGAGUCCGCUCCCACCACCAUCACCUACGACAUCUCCGGCAACGACCCCAACGCCGAGCGCGGCUUCCACGUCCACACCUUCGGUGACAACACCAACGGCUGCACUUCUGCCGGCCCUCACUUCAACCCCUUCGGCAAGACCCACGGUGCUCCCACCGAUGAGACCCGCCACGUCGGUGACCUCGGCAACAUCAAGACCGAUGGCGAGGGCGUUGCCAAGGGCUCCAUCACUGACAGCCUUGUCAAGCUGAUUGGCCCCCACUCCAUCGUUGGCCGAACCGUUGUUGUCCACGGUGGCACUGACGACCUCGGCAAGGGUGGCCACGAGCUGUCCCUCACCACCGGCAACGCUGGCUUGAGGCCCGCUUGCGGUGUCAUUGGCAUCUCCAGCUAG